AUGCAAAAGCAUGCUGCUGACAUCAGAGAAGACUCUCCUCUUGCUGAGUAUGUAGAACCAGCACCCUGGAAAUCAGAACUCUUCAAUAUCAACUACACAGUCCUACCGGCAAGCAAAGAAGCAUGCACCGUUCAACAGCUGAAACAAGCAGCACAAGAUUCAAUAAGGAAAACGACAGCCACAAAUGAAUACUUUACAGAUGGAUCAGUAGACCUCAGCAUUCCUGCAGCGGCAGCAGGAGUCUACUCAACAUCACUAAAAGGGAGCUGGAGGCUCUCAGAUAACGCCUCCACUCUACAGACUGAGCUGAUAGCAAUCGCUAAAGCGCUAGAAGACUCUCAACACAAACUAGGAAACACAACUAUUCACACCGACUCAAAAGGAGCAAUACAAGCCAUCACAAAAGGCAAGGCAAAAGAAAAUAUCAAACUCCUGACAAGUAUAUGGGCAAUUGCUAACAUCCACCAAAUCAGAAACAGACAGAUUACUCUCAACUGGAUUCCAAGUCACAUAGGAAUCCAAGGAAAUGAGGAAGCAGACUCCCUAGCAAAGAGUGGGUUGCACAUUAACAACAUAGGUAUUAAAAUCAGCCACUCACUGAUCAACUUAAAAGCAAAGCCUCAGCAUACUGUCAAGUGCAAGAAGAAAGCAAAGUCAGGAGAGCGGUCUUUGGAGGCUCUAACACUGCAAAGUGGUAUGUAG